AGGGGAGAUCCUGGCAGUGGCCGACACACCAACACCCACACAAUUCCAUCGAAUAACAGUCUAAACUUGUAUUUUACCAUCUGUACCAGCGAAGCAAAUAUGGCCGCGUCUACCGAAGUCGAUCAUUCCUUCCGCGCUUUCGUCGAAGCCCUCAGGGCCGACGAUGACCUGGUCGAGAUCAACACCGAAGUCGACUCGAACCUGGAAGCCGCCGCGAUCACUCGUCUUGUCUGCGAAACCGACGACAAGGCCCCCCUCUUCAACAACCUCAAAGGCAUGGGAAAGAAUGGCCUGUUCCGUAUCCUGGGCGCUCCCGGCUCUCUCAGAAAGUCCAAACGAGACCGCUACGGCCGUCUCGCCCGCCACCUGGCCCUGCCCCCUACCGCUAGCAUGAAGGAGAUCCUUGACAAGAUGCUCUCCGCUUCCCGGCUACCUCCCAUUGACCCUAAGAUUGUCGAAACCGGUCCCGUAAAGGAGAAUUGUCUUGAAGGCGAUGAAAUCGAUCUCACAGCACUCCCAGUGCCGAUGGUGCACAAGUCCGACGGUGGAAAAUACUUACAAACAUACGGUAUGCAUGUUGUGCAGUCUCCUGAUGGGAAAUGGACCAACUGGUCUAUCGCCCGUGCGAUGGUCAAGGACAAGAACCACCUGACCGGGUUGGUGAUUGAACCCCAACAUAUCUGGCAAAUCCACCAAAUGUGGAAAGAGGAGGGCAAGGAUGUCCCAUGGGCUCUAUGCUUCGGAGUUCCUCCUGCCGCUAUCAUGGCCUCAUCGAUGCCCAUCCCGGACAGUGUUACUGAGGCUGGGUAUGUUGGUGCCAUGACUGGUCGCGCCUUGGAGCUCGUCAAGUGUGAUACCAACCAUCUGUACGUUCCCGCUAAUGCGGAGAUCGUGCUUGAGGGUACCCUCUCCAUUACUGAAACUGCCGACGAGGGCCCCUUCGGUGAAAUGCAUGGCUACGUUUUCCCCGGCGAUAGCCACAAGUGUCCCGUUUACAAGGUCAACAAAAUCACCUACCGCACUGAUGCCAUCCUUCCCAUGUCCGCCUGUGGUCGCCUGACCGACGAGACCCAUACUAUGAUUGGCUCCUUGGCCGCAGCCGAAAUCCGCAAAAUCUGCCAGCUAGCUGGCCUCCCUAUCACUGACACAUUUUCGCCCUUCGAGGCACAGGUUACCUGGGUGGCUCUCAAAGUCGAUACCGCCAAGCUUCGUGAAAUGAAGCUAACACCAAAAGAGCUUCAAAAAUGGGUCGGAGAUGUGGUGUUUAACCAUAAGGCCGGGUACACCAUCCACCGCUUGGUCCUGGUUGGCGAUGAUAUUGAUCCGUAUGAGUGGAAAGAUGUCAUGUGGGCUUUCGCGACGCGGUGUCGCCCCAAUGCAGAUGAGACAUUCUUUGAGGACGUCCGGGGAUUCCCGCUCAUCCCUUACAUGGGCCACGGCACAGGCUCACCCACCACGGGUGGCAAGGUUGUUUCCGACGCUCUGAUGCCCAAGGAGUACACCACGGGCGCUGAUUGGGAAGCCGCUGACUUUGAGCACUCCUAUCCGGAGGAGAUCAAAGCAAAGGUGAGGGCCAACUGGGAGGCUUUGGGAUUCAGAAGACAGGAAUAAAUUAUGUGUACAGUAUAUUAGGCAUAUAAAUAGUGGGGUUGCUUGGUAAUAGAAUGAGUCAACGAGGAUAGUUUGUUUUGAAAGAGAAACGCGAUAGGAAACUGGGCCUUUCUAUCCACAUGCUUUAGAGAAAUAAAGGUAUCGCACGGCACACCUGCUGUGGAACCUCGGAGGGGACGUUGUGCUGACUGGCGCAAAGAGCUGAAGUGAUAGGUUGUGCGGAGGUAGGCAGAGGAUGACUUCUACCAUCGUAACGGAGAGGCCCCAGUCCUAGAUGACGCGAGUUGCAUAUUUUGCACGCCGUAUAAGACUCGAUGACUGCUGUUUGUAAGAUGAAGGC